AAAUAGCCUAUGCUCUAGCACACAUUCUGGGCCACCUUUCUGCCAUGUGGCGUUUCACAACUCCUUCCCAGUCUGAACUGAAAAAGCAUGUCCCAUCAGCGGCGGGUCACCCGUGGCGCUCCACCCCUGCAUAAAGUGAACUGACCCGACCCGGAAGUGACUUUUGUUUUGGAUUGCUGGUGUUGCAGUGACGCAGUUGUAGCAGAACAGGCUUCAGAAUGCGUAAAAAGAAAAGCAAGCUCGCGGUUGGGAAAAAAACAGCCAAAUACUAUGAGAAGAAACGAGUGCGAGACGUCCUACAGUCUCCUCAGGGCCGCACGUACAGUCCAUUUGCAAAAAGGAGGAAAGUACGUCAUACUCCAGUGUCAUCGCCCUACAAGAGCAUCCCACAUACUCCCAGGACUUCCUCCACAAGGAAGAAGUUACAGCUGACACCAUCAGAAUCAAGUCCACACUCCAAGAGGAGAAAGUCACUUUUUUCUACAGAACAACAAAGGUAAAGUUUGUAACCACUGUAAAGAGAUAGAUGAUAAAGUUGACACCUCACCUCACCGGUCCCAUAGCCUCACCGGCCGUAGGGGCAGCAUAUCCAUCAACAAAGUUGACAACAAGCAGUAAAAUGCACUUUUCAUUUUCUAUAUCGCAUGUCACCUUACACCUUAAGACUUACCGUUGUUUAAAAUCACUUUUCCUCAGAAUUCCUCCACCAGCAUUUGUGCUACCACCAGAUGAUGAUGAUGAUGAUGAUUGGGAGGACAUUGAUAUCAGCGUGAGGUAAGAUGAGUUAUGAUUUCAAACACAAAGUAAAAUGUUUACAAAACCAAACAAAUUGUUGACCAAUACUUAUUAAUUCUUACUAAUCUCAGAAAAAUUACUUUCAAUCGUGACAUUUUGUCCUUAUUAGCCAUUGUUAUAAAGAACUAAAGUAUGAUGGUAAAGUAUAAUGAAAUUGUGUAUGUAUAGUACUGUACCACAGUCUUUCAAUGGUUAUCAUACAGGUCCAUUCUUUCCCUGUAAGUUAUAUGCUACACAUGCAUUGUGGUCAUUACUGUAGUUGUGAAAUAAUCAGUUGUGUCAUUUUUCUCAUUCCAUCAGUAUAGGGGACCUUGUUGAAGAAAGCACCAUAUCUGCUGGUAUCUUAUUUUUAUUCCUAACUUUGUUCCAGUUGUGCACCUGUUGUGCAGUUCAGUUCAGUUCAAGUUCAGUUUUUAACUACUGUUAUAGUGCAUGUGUUGGCAACAGUAAGUAAGGUCAAUUGACCACAGUUAUUAACAUUCUUAUAACAGUGCACUUCUUUUUUCCAGGCAAGGAACCUGACCAUUUACAUUACAUCAUUUUUUACAGGGCACAUCUGUUCUAGAUUAAUAAGAAAUAGUUUUUUUUUCUAUUUUCUGACAAUAGGAAUGUUCACGGCCUAUGUUCUCUUUCUUUACCUGUAGAUGAAGACCUUCUAACAAAGAUGGUAAUUGCACAGGGCAUCCUGAUGGAACAUGGCAAGCCAGACAUCAUCAGUGAAUUGAUACAUGCUAUACAGUCUGGCAAUCUGGAUACGUCACGAUUGACGUUUCAAAUCAUGUAUGAAACAUUAAAAUUCUUGAACUCUCCAGACAUCAGAGGUAUGCGAUACUCAACAAUGAGCCUUGAUUUCUGGAAGCUGGUAAUGAAUAAAUGCGGGGCUGCUGUGAUCCGCAUGCUGUCGGGAUGGAAGACAAUAGGGAAUGCCCUGACAAAAGAGAAAGACCGUGACUGGCUAGGAUCAAAGACCAGCAUCAUACUAGCUACACCCAAUGUCCAAGUGCUAUUGAGUCAUCAGUCUGAAGGGAACUUGCCGAACUUCCUGUCACCAGGUAUUCACACUGAACUCAUUUCAAGCAUAGGUGAACAGUCUGAAGGAAAGGCGUAUGUUCUUGCUUUUGAUGGAAGACUUGUACAAUACAACACAGGGGAGGUAGACCUUGCAGGGAUGGAGAUUGGACAGCCAACAGCAAAGCAAAGACACGAAAGAGAAGAAAGGGAGCAAGACUUGUGUAAAACUGCAAGGAGCAUGUUGGAAAGAUGGGACACUGAAGAAGUUGAUCAUGACAUGUUGCAGUGCAUGAGGCAGGUCAUCACAUUGCUAUCCAAACAAAUGGCUGAGCUGAGAGAAAUGAAGAAGAAGAAGGAUUAUGCAUUAAGUGUGGCACAAAGCACAGUCAAGGGGGAUUGGAGAAAAUCCAAGUAUAGCCGACUGAUUAGUCACCUGAAGGCAGUGUGUCAUCAGAUAGAAUCUGUAAUGAAGAUGAAUGAAGAUGCCCGUGAGAGCCUGGGGAGAGCUUGUGCCACAUUAGCAGGUGCCAGGCACCUCUGGGCUACCUUACCUGUUGUGAACAUGCCAGGGCAGCCAAACUUCAGAAAGCUCCAAGCCUAUCCACAGGAAGUAGAGAAGACAAAGGACACAAUAUUCUGGCAACAGCGAGGAAAGAACUGGUUUGAGAUGAGAGAAGCAGUUCCUGUAACAGGUAGCCAACUGCACCGAGCUAUUGGGCUGAACACACUGAAAGAAGCAAAGCAGCUGUACAAGAACAGGAUGGAAGGAACACCGCUCCCCGAGCCCUCCGAUAAAAUCAAAGAAGCCAUGAAGAAGGGUGUGGAACAUGAACCUAAUGUUGUGGCAACCAUCUGUGGAAAGUUCUUCCCAGCAUUCUUUCCAACUUGGGAGCUCAGAGAAGUAGGUUGCAAGGUGAUUGACAUAGGGGAUGGAACACUCAUAGUUGAUUCUCCUGACGGUGCUGCACACACCUUGUCUAGCCCUCUGCAGUCACCUGUUACGGCUGCAAUAGAGAUCAAACACACAACUACAGACCUGCCAAAGGUGGCAAGGCACUACAACCUCAUCCAGUGUUUUGCCCAUUGCAAGGCUUUGGAAUCCAGCACAUGCUAUCUGUUCUAUCACACAGAACAAAGCACUGUAAUGUUCAAGGUGUGUAAUAGUCCAGAUCUAUGGAAUGAUGUCUGUUUGCACAUCAAUCAGAUUUAUGGUCCAGAAGGCCAGCCCCCAAAGAAGGUGUCACCUGAGCUUAAAGAGAUGCGGGAGAAGAUAAAGAGAGCUGCUUCUGAGGUGGAGAUUGUCGCUGAGUUCAAGUCAACAUAUGCUGUCGAUGCAGGCUCCUACAUCAGAAAUGAGGAUGAUCCAUAUUUCACACAGUCAACGGUGCCAGAUGAGGCUAGAAGUGCAGAAACUACUAGUGACAGUGUCAUGCAAGCAAUAACGGCAACUGAAUGUGCUCUAGAAGCAGUCAUAGAAUGCCAGGAAUUGUCAAAGCCAAUGGCCAAAGAGGUUUUGGAGUUUAUUGCAUGUGACAUUGAUCGAUCAUGGUCAAGAGACUCUGUGUAUGGCUCACCUGUGGCAUAUUUCUUCAAGUCUGCAUCAUUUCCUGAAGCUCAAGCAAACAAAGUUGUGGAGUCUGUUCUACAGGAGUGCCAUGAGCAUGAUGUAUAUGUGCCCUUAACCUCUGCUGAUGGGGCAUUUGAGUACAUGGUUGCACGCACUGUUGACGGAAAGCCAAACACAAAGCUUAGCUUUCAGAAACAGCUGUGGAAGGAGGUUCGAAAGUUAGACAAGAAAAGCCUGGCAACUGCUAUCAUCCUGAUGACAGAAGAUGCUUGGUCACCAACCUCUGGCUGUGCAAAGGUCAAGUGCUCAAGAAAUGAAGAUGGCCUCUCCAUAGAACGCAUGACAAAGCACCCAAGUCCCACUACGGCAAGCUGGGCAUUUCGGGCAAAGCCAGCUGCAGCACCUGUUUCAGAAGAAACAACAGAACACUGGUAUGACCUGUUUUUGACUAACCUGCCAGAGGAAGUAAGAGAGACUUUCAGAAAUUUCUGCACUGACAACCCAGCUCUGAUGGAGAGCCUACAAAGUGGGGAAAUGGCACAACAUGAUCAGCCAGAUAUGAGUCAUGCUAUAGGUCAAUUCUUUGAAGGGCAAGAUGAAACGGAUGUGGACAUGUCAGAUGUUCCAGGUACCAGUCACGUGCAGACACGUGUUGACAUGUCAGAUGUUCCAGGUACCAGUCACAUGCAGACAGAUGUGGACAUGUCAGAUGUUCCAGGUACCAGUCACGUGCAGACAGAUGUGGACAUGUCAGAUGUUCCAGGUACCAGUCACAUGCAGACACGUGUUGACAUGUCAGAUGUUCCAGGUACCAGUCACGUACAGACACAUCCAGCCAGUAGUGACAUGCAAGUAGCCAUUUCUGAUGACACAUACAGAGAAAUGAUGGCCAAGUUGCAACUGAUAAAACCAGACAAAUGGCAAGGUACUAACCUUACAGCCAUAAGAGAUGUGGUCUCUGAUGAGGAGAAGCUCAGCAAAUGUACUCUUCUUGAGCUCAAGGAAAUCCUCAAGGCCAUUAAAAGUUGCGCUCAUGGAACAGUAAAGCUCUCAGUAAAGAAGGCAGAAGUCAUUCAACAGAUUGUAGCCAUUGCCUCUGGAGUUACCGUUAACUUCAGGAAGGUCAGAUUAAGACAGCCACAAAGCCUGAAGGACAUAUGCAUCAAAGCAGUUAAGCAAUGUGACAUUAUUGGUCUAUCUGCUUCAAUUGCAAAUCUUAUUGGACCAGACUGUAGGGAAGAGUGGGAGAGGACAAGACCCUGCUCGCUACUGAAAGUUUGCCUUGACAAUGAGGAAACAGUAACCUUGGAUUGCUUCUACUCUCCACCUGUCACAGCUCGGGGCUUCCUCCAGGCUUUCUGCGUGGACCCUCACCAUAUCCGGACAAACAUCAGAGGGAGUGUUCUGAGAGGUCAAGUGGAUGGAGUUAGUCUGGAGGCAUUGAAGACAGUUGCAUCACAGGGGAAGACUCCCCUCACCCCCGUGAUGAUAACCGAGUUCUUGGACAUGCAAUCCAAGGUGAUGUGUGACAUCCUCUUCUCCUCCUCGGUGGCAGAAGAGCUGAAGCAACUGGGUCAUGAAUCUACUGCAGAAUUCAUAACUUUGAUGGAGGGAUGGCACCAAGCCAAUGAUGAGGCAGGGAUCCCUGCUGUGCAGCGAAUGCACCUCAGGCUGGCGAUGAGAGAAUGGCUCCUUCGUGGUGUGAGUUUUGACACCUACCCACCACCUGGGCGUUACAUCAGAGGGCUGUACCAUGCCACCUGGGAAGCAGCCAUGGCCCAUAUUGACCUAACAGUUCAGCUGUAUGGAAUGCUGCCAUCUGGGUCCUACAACGUCAGAGCGCUCGGCACCCUUGUAGCGGAACAAUACUUUGCCGACCAGGCAAGAAGAACGCACGAGGGCAAGAACAUUCCAUCGUGCCACAAGCUUGGCCACAUCCAGGCGCACAUGGUUGAAGAAAUGAGAAUGAGAAUGAAACCCGAACAGGUCCGUGGUUUCCCCCUGAGGAUGACGGCAAGUAAGCCAGUGUAUCCAAGCCAGGCUGUGGAUGUCAUCCCCGCAGCAGGGACAGAGCCAGCUACAGCACCUGUAGAGCCCUGGAAACCUCCUACCCAAUUGGAUGCUGCAGUGAUUAAAAAUCAUCCCUUUGAUACUGUAGUGAAGGAAAGAAGCACCAGACCAAAAACAGUUUCCUCUAAGCUGAAUGCACCACUCAAAGGCCAGACUGGUGUUCGACAGUAUCACCGUAUGGACAUGUCAAAAAUCUUACCACAUGAUCGUAUUGGAAUUUAGUUUGCCUUUUUUGCCUUACUUGAUCAAAGGAGAUA